AUGCUUAUCAAGUCCCUUCUCCUUGCCGCGCUUUUGAGCGCUGAAUGCAUGGCCCUUGGUCGGAAGGUACCUUCAAACGUGAAGGAUCUGUAUAAUUAUGCCAAAAACCACCGAUGCCGCAAGCCUUUAAGCAGUUCAUUCCAGGACGGCCACGGAAGGAAGGGCUUCGUCUACUGCGGUGAUCGCUUAGACUCGCAGGGAAUAAUAUAUAUCACAGGGCCCUCGAAUUCAAGGGGUCUUGCAGACAUGGAUGUGGACUGUGACGGCGCCAAUAGAUCCGCCGGUGAUUGCAAAAACGAUCCCUCGGGACAGGAUCAAACUGCAUUCAAGGAUGAAGUAAAGAAAUAUGGUAUUCCUGAUCUCGAUUCAAAUAAACAUGGAUACGUCGUUCUCGGAAAUGAGGGAUCUUCACCAAGCUUCAAUCCGGCAAAGUACGGCAUUAAGCCGUUGAGCGUGGUGGCUGUGUUCUAUGGCGUUUGGGGUGAUACCAACGGUGGUACUCUGGUUGGAGAGACUUCAGUAUCUCUUGCGCAGGCUUGCUUCCCUAAGGAGGGUCUUAAUGGAGACAAUGGCCACGAGAAGCACGACGUCCUCUAUAUCGCAUUUAAAGGAAACGCGGCCAAGCCUGGCGCUAAGGGAGCAAAUUGGAAGGCAAAGAACUUUGCCGGCUUUGAGAAAUCUCUGGAGCAUAUUGGUAAUAAACUAGUGAAGAAGGUUUCUGCAUAA